AAAGCUGUCUGGGAGUUGUAGUUCGAACUCCUGCCCGAACUCGGUCGUCUGACAGCGUUUCAGAAAUCCAAGGCGGUUCAUCCACUUUGGCGCUUGGAUCGGACUAUGGAUCUCGGGCACGACGCGGCGCCCCUGACUGGCCUGGUCUGGUCGUCAGCCUCGGCGGCUCCGCCGCGGGGAUUCAGUGCGAUCUCUUGCACCGUGGAGGGAGCGCCCGCCAGUUUCGGCAAGAGCUUCGCACAGAAAUCUGGUUACUUCCUGUGUCUCAGUACCUUGGGCAAUUUGGAGAAUCCGCAGGAGAACGUGGUGGCCGAUAUCCAGAUCCUGGUAGACAAGAGCCCCCUCCCGCCGGGCUUCUCCCCGGUCUGCGACCCCCUGGACUCCAAGGCCUCCAUGUCCAAGAAGAAGCGCAUGUGUGUGAAGUUGGUGCCCCUGGGUGCCGCGGACACAGCUGUGUUUGACAUUCGGCUGAGUGGGAAGACCAAGACUGUGCCUGGAUACCUGCGAGUAGGGGACAUGGGUGGCUUUGCCAUCUGGUGCAAGAAAGCAAAGGCCCCCCGGCCAGUACCCAAGCCCCGAGCUCUCAGCCGGGAUAUGCAGGGCCUCUCCCUGGACACACCCAACAAGCCCAGCAAGGGCGGCUUCCCGGAGCGGACGCUGUCGAGACUGGGCUCGCGGGCUUCCACCCUGCGGAGGAGUGACUCCAUAUAUGAGGCUUCCAACCUCUAUGGCAUCUCAGCCAUGGAUGGAGUUCCCUUCACGCUGCAUCCCCGAUUCGAGGGCAAGAGCUGUGGCCCCCUGGCCUUCUCUGCCUUUGCUGAUCUUACCAUCAAGUCGCUGGCGGACAUUGAGGAGGAGUACAACUACGGCUUCGUGGUGGAGAAAACAGCAGCUGCACGCCUGCCUCCCAGCGUGUCAUAGCCCUUCGCCUGCCCCAGGGAAGAGCCCCUUCCCCGACACAUGCUGGACUGGCAGCUGUCCACCCCACCUCAUGUUGGGGACCUUGGUGGCACAAGGCAUUCUGGACUGUCAGCCAUGUGGAGCUGCCGCCCUGAAGGAGGGGGUGGACCUGGCUGCUCGGUGAUGGGGUCUCCUGUCCUGGGCCCUGUAGGGCAGGGGUUGGGGGCUGGACGGAAACCAGUGCCUUGAAGUUAUUUGUGUCAAAACUUGGAGUGGCGUCCUCCUGGCAAUAAAUGCUGUGCUGUCUGCUCUCUGGA